AUGGAUGGAGCAACUGACAAGCUCCAGUAUACUGGCGACCACUACGGUGGUGUUCUGAUCGAUGCCGACGCACUACCUGGGGAUCUCGUCGUGUUCGGACAGAUGCUUGAGGCCUCCUUGGCACAGUGGCGAGACGAAGAGAAGCGAGGGGUGUGGCUGAAGGUUCCCUCCACCAAGGCGCACCUCAUCUCCAUCGCCGUCGAGCUGGGCUUCGCAUUCCACCACGCCGAUCCGGCUUACGUGAUGCUCACCCUGUGGCUGCCGAAGAAGACACCUUCCACGCUUCCCGGCUUUGCCUCGCACUACGUGGGGGUUGGCGGUGUUGUCAUCAACGACAAGACGCAGGAGAUAUUGGUGGUCAAAGAGAGGAACGGACCCAUCACCAAGAUCUGGAAGUUCCCUGGCGGUAUGCUCGAGUUGGGCGAGGAGAUCAAGGACGGGGUGGUGCGCGAGGUGAAGGAAGAAACAGGCAUCGAUGCUGUACAGUCCGAUCUCUACUUCGUGUGCCGACUGGAGCCUCUAAGCUUCGACAUCAAGAAGCAGGACAGCGAAAUCGAAGAGUGCAAGUGGAUGCCGAUAUCCGAGUUUGUUGGCUUGCCAUACUACAAGGGCCUGUACAAGAAGAUCAUCGAUUUGGCGGCGAAGAGUGCCGGAGAGGGCGGCUAUCGAGGCCUGGCAGUGGAGAACUUGCCCAUCGUCUUCCGCUCGGGCACCAACACCCUCUACCACGCCGCCUCCCUCUAA